AUGGUUCUACUCAAACCCUGCUUCCUAACCUGGCUGGCUAUCGGCGCCGCUGGGCAGCAGAUGCCAUCAGGGCUCCUGGGUUUUAACUCAGGCGCAACAAAGGACAACAACGACCCGAAAGACCAGUCCGAUUUCCAAGCAGAGUUCACAACUGCCCAGGGGCUCCGAGGCUCGCCAGGUGCCUUCAACAGUGUGCGCCUUUAUACGAUGAUCCAGGCGGGAACCACAAACGAUCCGAUCUCGGCGUUCCCCGCGGCUUUAGCAACAAACACGUCGAUGUUGCUCGGUAUCUGGUGUUCCGGCACACAGACGAUCGAAAACGAGCUCGCUGCCAUGAGGAGCGCCAUCGAUAGGUUCGGCCAGCGGUUCGCCGACCUUGUCGUCGGCAUCUCGGUUGGCAGCGAGGACCUCUACCGCCUCUCGGAAUCUGGCAUCCAAAACAACGCCGGGCUCGGACAAGGGCCGGACAUCAUGGUGCGGUUCAUCCGCGAAGUGCGAGACGCCAUCGAAGGCACGAUCCUCAGCGGCAAGCCUGUCGGACAUGUCGAUGCCUGGAGCGCGUUCGGCAACGAAAGCAACAGCCGAGUCGUCGACGAGCUCGACUGGCUCGGCACCGACCUCUACCCUUACUACGAAGCAGACAAGGGCAACGACAUCGGCAACGCAACCACAAUCUUCGACUACAUCUACAACGUUUCCCUCAACGCCACCAGGGGCAAGCCGCUCUGGGUAACCGAGACGGGUUACCCUGCGUCGGGGCCUGUGCGCGGACAGGCGGUUGCCAGCGUUUCGAACGCCGCGCAGUUCUGGCAAGAGAUAGGAUGCGACAGGCUUUUUGGGCGUGUGAACACCUGGUGGUAUACCUUGAGAGACUCUAACCCUGCCAAUGCCGAGAAGUUUGCCAUUACAGAGGACCUCAAGAAGACUGCGAAAUUCAACCUUACUUGUGCGCCUGGAAGCGGAGCUCCUGCUGCCAUCAACUUAACUUCCAAGGCGUCCUCCCUUUACACUGCCCAGGUGUUGUGGGUGCCUUUCGCUGUUGUCUUGGGUGUUUUAGUCGGCUUGUAG